AUGGCCCUCAUGCCCACCCACGGUUGUCAAAGGAGGAGCCAUAUCCACGAUCCCAUCUAUGAGUUACUCGAUUACGAAACUCUCCUCAUGCCGCCACAUGCUCCUUUCCAUAACCAAACAAGGCAACUGCCUAGUCCCAAGAUCGAGUGGAAGGAAACCCCGGAGACAUACAUGUUCAGAACUGACCUUCCGGGAUUCAAGAAAGAAGAAGUAGAAGUGCAAGUGGAGGAUUGUAAAAUUGUGAAGAUAAGUGGCGAGAAGAAGGCGGAGAAAGAAGAGAGACACGAUCAUUGGCAGCACGUUGAGAGCGGCAGAUGCAAGUUUAUGAGUACAUUUACUUUGCCUGAGAAUUGUAGAGGUGAUCAAGUGAAGUCAUCAAUGGUUAAUGGAGUGCUCACUAUCACUGUGCCCAAGAGGGAUGUGAAGCACGCUCAUCAUGUCCAAACUAUAGAUAUUAAUGGGUGA